GUUGUGCGGGAUUUUUUCCCCUCUUCUUCCCGCGCGCUUUCGCUCCCUGUCCUUUGGUGGCACUUGUGGGCGCGAGACAAACAGCCGGAAAGGCGAAGACCUGGGGUUCAUCUGCAGGAAAGCAUGCCUCAGACGCCUCCCUUUUCAGCAAUGUUUGACAGCAGCGGUUACAACCGAAACCUCUAUCAGUCUGCAGAAGACAGCUGUGGAGGGUUGUAUUACCAUGACAACAACCUCCUCUCUGGAUCUCUGGAAGCACUCAUCCAGCACCUAGUACCUAAUGUGGAUUACUAUCCGGAUAGAACGUACAUAUUUACCUUUCUACUCAGUUCUCGGUUAUUUAUGCAUCCGUAUGAGCUAAUGGCCAAAGUUUGCCACUUAUGUGUUGAGCACCAGAGGCUAAGUGAUCCUAGCAGCGAUAAGAACCAGAUAAGAAAAAUUGCACCCAAGAUCCUUCAACUCCUGACAGAAUGGACAGAAACAUUUCCUUACGAUUUUCGGGAUGAAAGAAUGAUGAGAAACUUAAAAGAUCUGGCUCACCGAAUAGCCAGUGGCGAGGAGACAUAUAGGAAGAACGUCCAGCAGAUGAUCCAGUGUCUAAUCCGCAAACUUGCUGCACUCAGCCAGUAUGAAGAAGUCCUGGCAAAAAUCAGCUCCACAUCUACAGAUCGGCUCACAGUUCUCAAGACCAAGCCACAGUCCAUACAAAGGGACAUCAUUACCGUCUGCAGUGACCCUUACACAAUGGCCCAACAGCUGACUCACAUAGAGCUGGAAAGGCUCAAUUACAUUGGGCCAGAAGAAUUUGUUCAGGCAUUUGUGCAGAAGGACCCUUUGGACAACGAUAAGAGUUGCUACAGUGAACGAAAGAAAACACGAAAUUUAGAGGCUUAUGUGGAAUGGUUUAAUCGCCUCAGCUACUUGGUUGCUACAGAGAUCUGCAUGCCUGUAAAGAAGAAACACCGGGCAAGAAUGAUUGAGUAUUUCAUUGACGUCGCCCGGGAGUGUUUUAACAUUGGCAACUUUAAUUCCUUGAUGGCGAUAAUCUCUGGCAUGAAUAUGAGCCCAGUCUCUCGAUUAAAGAAAACUUGGGCCAAAGUGAAGACUGCGAAGUUUGACAUUCUCGAGCACCAGAUGGACCCUUCUAGCAAUUUCUAUAAUUAUCGAACAGCUCUUCGUGGGGCAGCACAAAGAUCUUUAACUGCUCAUAGUAGCAGAGAGAAGAUUGUGAUACCAUUCUUCAGUCUUUUAAUCAAAGAUAUUUAUUUCCUCAAUGAGGGCUGUGCCAACCGCCUUCCAAACGGCCACGUCAACUUCGAGAAAUUUUGGGAACUGGCCAAACAAGUGAGUGAAUUCAUGACGUGGAAACAAGUGGAGUGUCCAUUUGAGAGGGACCGGAAGAUAUUGCAGUAUUUGCUCACAGUACCAGUCUUCAGUGAAGAUGCUUUGUACUUGGCUUCCUACGAGAGUGAAGGACCUGAAAAUCAUAUAGAGAAAGACAGAUGGAAGUCUUUAAGGUGAGUCUCUUUGCUUCUCAUUGCUGUGCAGAUCUAAAGGAGAGGUUGGCCUUACCUGAA